AAAAAGUAUUGAUCGACAAGCAUGGUAUGUCGAUUUCGAAUCGGUUAAAAACUGAUACCGCUACUUGCACAAAUAAAAAAUCGUGCAACCUUAAUUUCUACAGAAACCUUGUUGCGAGCAAUAUUGAAAUAACAAUCGCUUCGAUGUAAAAUUAAUCUAGAGAAAACUUUAUUUAUUGUAGAUCUCUAAUAUAUUUCAUAUACCCUAGCUUUUGCUAGUCGCCAUGGAAACAAUAAAAGACUCAAAACGAAAGAAAAAACAUAAUUCCAACAAAGAAAAAGAAACUAAAAUUUAUACUUUUGGUCUAAUAAAUCAGGGGAAUAAUAUUUGUUUUCUUAAUUCUGUGCUACAAAGCCUGGCUUCAUUAAAAAGUUUCCGGAAAUAUUUGGAAAAAAAAAUUAAAAAUAAACCAAUAGAUGCAGAACUACCAGUAACUGUUGCAUUACAUGCAACCUUAGAAAGGCUCAAUGUACCUCUAACGAAACAACAAUCAUUUAUUGCAACUGAUGUAGUUUGGGCCUUACAGGCUAACGCAAGACGUUUAAUUAAUAGGCAACAACAAGACGCACACGAACUCUUUCAGUUCUUAUUUCAAUCUCUCGGAGCCGAAGAAGAUCAUAUUCGACGUCCGAAAUCUCUUUUUGACGUUGAACUAAUUAAAAAAAUGGCGGCAAAAAAUGAUACUAUUACGAAUAUUGUAAAUGAUCGUAAUCCGCUUCGCGGGUUAACAGCAUAUCGUGUUUCUUGUAUGAAAUGUGGAUAUUGUGGACCAAUUCGACACACAACAUUCGAUAAUAUCUCGAUUCCACUCCCAUCGGGACUCCCAUCAGUUCCUCUAGAUGUUCUCUUACGAACAUAUGCUGGGACCGAUUUCAUUGAUGAAUACAAUUGCCCACAUUGCUCUUUGGUUGAAACAUUGGCAGCUAUUGAAAAGGCGCUUGAAAUUGGGAAAGACGAUCUUGCUAAAGGAAAGCUCGAAAAUGAUAGACAAAUCAUCAAAAAGGCACUUGCGAUCGAUGUUGAUACGGACAUAAGUGAUCAAUUGCAAGUGACGAAAUUGGCCCAUUUAAAAAAUACUGCCAGCAAAGUUACAAUGUUUGCAAAAUUGCCAGACAUUUUUUCAAUCCACUUUUCUCGAUCCAUUUAUUAUCAAAGUGGGCUUACUUUUAAGAAUCCGUGCAAAGUUAAAUUUCCAGAGUCAAUUGACAUGAUGAAAUAUAUAUCAGGAGGAUACUUGGCUAAUAUGCCAAGUGAACCGAUGUCAGCUCCGCCAUCACCAAUUGCCUCGUCUCCAAUAUCAUCACCAAUUUUAGCAGGUAUUGGUGCAAGUUGUAAGGAAGACGAGAUUCCAUCUGGUGAAAAUAUUUAUAAAUUAAAAUCAGUGAUAGUUCAUCAAGGUGAUCAUAGAUCAGGUCACUUUAUUACUUAUCGUCGCAAAGAAGAAAGCGAUGGUUGGUGGCGUCUUUCUGAUGAGUAUGUUGAGGAGGUUAAAUUAAAGCAAGUGCUCAACGAAGAGGCUUAUAUGUUGUUUUAUGAAAAGACCUAAUGGAAAACUUCAUUUAUUAAUUUCUUUCUUUUUCUUAAUUAUUUUAUUUACUUUUUUUUUAUCUCAAUUAUAAGCAUUGUAAAUAUAAUUUGUUAAGUUUUCCUUUUUACACUUGCAUUAUUGUCUUUUCCGUGAUUGAGGUGAUUGAGGGUGAUUUUUUCUUGUAAAUAUGUAUGUAUAUUUUAUAAUUCAGUAACCACUUUGCUUAGUAAUAUUGAAUGAUAUUUAAAAAAAUUUUUUGUGCUGACGUUUUGUAUCACACAAAAAUAAAUUAUUUUAUAAUGUAAAUAGCAUUUAUGAAAUAAUAUGUUGUCCCACUGUACUUUGUGUACAUUUAUGCACAGUAAUCGAUUAUACUCUGACCUUAUUUACUUUCAAAAAAAAAAGUAAUUCAAUAUAUUUUUAUUUUACAUUUUUACUUGCCCUCCUCAAUUAAUUGAUCAGAGUC